AGGUGGGGGGCCUUGGUGAUGGGUGAGUGCCUGGCCCCUCCCCCCCACUCCCAUCUGCCUGGGCUGAGCCUUGCCUCUGGGCCAGCCAACGUCCCUGCAAGACGUGACUUUUAUUUUUAGCAGCUGUACUCACUGCCUCCGCAUAGCUGGCUCUCAGACCUGGGUGUGGGCCAGCCCCAGGCCUGCCCUCUCUCUGCCAACGGGGGUCUCAGGAGAAACCGACUCCCUGGCACCGGGGGCCUCUCAGGGCAUGUAAGCCAUCCUCGAGGCAUCCUUGCAAAUGUGGAGCCCAGUUCAGAGAAGAGACCCAUCCCUGGUUCCACAGCAAGCUUGGAGGACGACCAACAGGAUCUCCCCCGCGUCCCAGGGAAGGCGCUCUGGGGCUCACAGAGAGGACAGACACUUGACUUCUCUUGUUUCCCCACAGAAGCCACAGUGUCAGUAGAAGCUGAUGGAGAGUCGAGGUCUGGACCCAGGGACUCGGGACUCCUAUGGUGCCAACAGCCACCUCCCCAACAAGGGGGCCCUGGCAAAAGCCAAGAACAACUUCAAAGACCUGAUGUCCAAGCUGACGGAGGGCCAGUAUGUGCUGUGCCGGUGGACAGAUGGACUGUAUUAUCUCGGGAAGAUCAAGAGGGUCAGCAGUUCUAAGCAGAGUUGCCUCGUGACUUUUGAAGAUAAUUCCAAAUAUUGGGUCCUGUGGAAGGACAUACAGCAUGCUGGUGUUCCCGGGGAGGAGCCCAAGUGCAACAUCUGCCUGGGGAAGACAUCAGGACCCCUGAAUGAGAUCCUCAUCUGCGGGAAGUGUGGCCUGGGUUACCACCAGCAGUGCCACAUCCCCAUAGCAGGCAGUGCCGAUCGGCCCCUGCUCACACCCUGGUUCUGCCGACGCUGCAUCUUCGCGCUGGCUGUGCGGAAAGGCGGCGCGCUGAAGAAGGGCGCCAUCGCCAGGACGCUGCAGGCCGUGAAGAUGGUGCUGUCCUACCAGCCCGAGGAGCUCGAGUGGGACUCGCCUCACCGUACCAACCAGCAGCAAUGCUACUGCUACUGCGGCGGGCCUGGAGAAUGGUACCUGCGGAUGCUGCAGUGUUACCGGUGCAGGCAGUGGUUCCACGAGGCCUGCACCCAGUGUCUCAAUGAGCCCAUGAUGUUCGGAGACCGGUUCUACCUGUUCUUCUGCUCCGUGUGUAACCAGGGCCCAGAGUACAUCGAGAGGCUGCCCCUGCGAUGGGUUGAUGUGGUUCACCUGGCCCUCUACAACCUGGGGGUGCAGAGCAAGAAGAAGUACUUUGACUUUGAGGAGAUUCUGGCCUUUGUCAACCACCACUGGGAGCUCCUGCAGCUUGGCAAGCUCACCAGCACCCCUGUGACGGACCGAGGACCACAUCUCCUCAACGCUCUGAACAGUUACAAAAGCCGGUUCCUCUGUGGCAAGGAGAUCAAGAAGAAGAAGUGCAUCUUCCGCCUGCGCAUCCGCGUCCCGCCCAACCCACCCGGGAAGCUGCUGCCGGACAAGGGCCUGGUGCCCACGGAGAACAGCGCCCCCUCUGAGCUGCGUAAGAGAGGAAAGAGCAAGCCUGGGUCAGUGCCUGGGGCCCCGGGGUGGGGCCGCAGCCGCCCUCGGGUUCUCUGCUCCCCGCUCCGGUCCCCACCGGCGGGCUGUGCCGCGACGUCGCAGCGAGCGGGGAGGGCCUCCAUCCAUUUGUUGCCUCACGAAUUCCAGCAGCAGAAAAGGAGAGUUUAUAGAAGAAAAAGAUCAAAGUUUUUGCUGGAAGAUGCUAUCCCCAGUAGUGACUUUACCUCCGCCUGGAGUACCAACCACCACCUGGCCAGCAUAUUUGACUUCACGCUGGAUGAAAUCCAGAGUUUAAAAAGUGCCAGCUCUGGCCAGACCUUCUUCUCAGACGUCGACUCCACCGACGCCGCCAGCACCUCUGGCUCCGCUUCCACCAGCCUCUCCUACGACUCCAGACGGACAGUGGGCAGCCGCAAGAGGAAGCUGGCGGCCAAAGCGUACAUGCCACUGCGGGCAAAGCGGCGGGCGGCCGAGCUGGGUGGACGCUGCCCCUCGGACAGCAGUGCAGAGGGGGCCUUGGGUGCUGAGCGGCCAGAUGAGGGCAUCGAUAGCCACACAUUUGAGAGCAUCAGUGAGGAUGACUCGUCCUUGUCCCACCUCAAGUCAUCCAUCACCAACUAUUUUGGUGCAGCUGGGCGGUUAGCCUGUGGGGAGAAGUACCAGGUGUUGGCUCGGAGGGUCACACCUGAGGGCAAGGUUCAGUACCUGGUGGAGUGGGAAGGGACCACUCCUUACUGACCAGCUCCCGGGGGAUGCCAGGAGCCCUGGAAACCAAAGGAGAGACAGUGGACGCCACAGGCUCCCCAGGUCUCUCCAGGCUGGGGUGGGGGAGGGAAGCAAGACAGAGCUGCAAGUGCCCGGCCAAAGCCCCGCCUGCCCACCAGGCCCGGGCCUGUGCCUCUCGGCUGGGCCCGGCCUGCGCGCGGGCCUCCUCGGGCUCACCACCCCUCUGCCUGUAUCUCUGAGGUCCCGCUGGCUAUGGCUCCGUGUCUACACACACCCUCAAACUGUUGACCUAUUCCUCUGAAUUAGUGUCCUGCUGGCUCUGUGGCCUGUUCCUGAGGCCCGAGUCUGUCUUUGUCCCCAGUGUGUCCAGUGUUUCUCUCUCUCAUCCCAGUUUUAUAUUGGGUGUGUAUUUUUAUACACCCAGUUUGCACACCUGAUCCAUCCCAGGAACCACAUAAUGAGAACAUAAACCUUGGAGAAAGGCUGGGUGAAGGUGGGCACGAGGAUGCCUUGAGGACCAUCUCUCUCAACUUCCUGCCACUCCUCCUGGCUUGGGGAAGAGGUGGUGAGGGUGGAAGAAGGCCUCUGAGAAAGCCUGUGUGGCAGGGACCCUGGGCUCUCAGGAUCCGAGGAGUAAAGAGGCCGGGUCCCUGCUUCAGAAGGCACCAGCACCAGAGCCCAAUGAUUAAGGCCAAGAAUGAAGGCUGCAGUGUCAGCUUCUGAGAACCCAGAAGUCUUCCCUUCCCUGGCCACACCGUCUCUCUGUUACCAUGGAGCUGGACCUGGCCUUGCAGACCGAAGGGACGGGGAGAGGAAGUGAGGGGAGGAAAGGAAGCCGUGUCCUGUUCCAGCUCAGCAGGCGUACACACACCACACACACAGCCACACGUUCCGCAACCCCUACCCCUCCACCCCCUGCCAGCCUGGCUCCUGCCCUUGGCUUUCCCUGGCCCUCUUCCGGGGGCCACAUGCUGCAACUAAAUGUGAAAGUCCGGCUCCUGCCUACGAAGCAGCUCUGACCCCAGAGGGAAAUGUAGGGGACUCAUACCCUCUUAGCCCCUGCCCUGCCUGAAACUGACAAUCAUUUUGGGGGCAGGCUGGGAUUUUUAAAGGGCUUGAGUCAUUCAGCCCCCUCAAAGGGAAGCCUUUGGUCAGUGGGAGUAUAAACACAGUUCUUAAAAUCGACAUUUGAAACUCAGAUCCAUCUGGAGGGAGACCAAAAAUGGGAGGGGGAGGAGACGACUCAUUUUUGCUGCUUCCAGAGGUAUUAGAAACUGACUCACUUGAUUGGAAAAUAAGUGCCUUGACUGGGGCAGGGGUGCACCAGAUGGGGACCAGCCUUGCCAACUGCUGCUAUGGCCUUCAGCUUGGCUGGGUUUUGGAGGCUGCCAGCUGUAAGGCGAAGGUGGAUGGACAGUGGCGGGGGUGGGGGGCAGCAGGCCUGGAGCUGGUUUUCCUGUUAAUAGGCUCACCUCCCUCCCCAUCUGUGAGCAUUCAAGGGUCCCUGCGAUAGUUCAGAUGCCCCUUGCCUCCAACCUCAGCUCCAACAGUGCCUUUCAACUGGGACCUCACCUCCUGCACACAGCCCACGACUUCCCUCUGCUUCCCAGCAGUCUAGGCAGAGACCAGCUGGUUGGGCCCAGUUCUCUCCCUUCUCAGCCCCACAGCUGCUGCCACUGAAGACCCCAGGCUGGGGCCAGGUGGAAGGGGAGCUGAGAAGGCAGCGCCCAGUCCGGCUGGGGGGUGAGACCUGGGGUCCAGCUGGUGGCUUCCUGCCUGCUCCAGAGAGCUAACAACCUCCCAGGCCUCCCGUGCUUUCUCAGCAGCUUUCCAGGCUGAGAAAGCACAGGAUGGGCAAAGCCUGUCGGAGCUUCUGCGCCUCCUCUGCUCAAGCUCCAGAGGCUCUGGGCUUCAAGAGGGGGAGGGAGGGAGAGGGUGUCUUCCCCUCUGGAGAUCACCAUAUGGCCUGGCAAGGUCCCCCCGACUCCACACUCCAGCAUUUCAUUCAUACCUGGUAACAGCUGCAUUACUGCCAACUGACCUUAUCAUAACCCUGUGCACCUUCAAAAAGAUUUAUGGUUUUGAAUUGCUGCUUUUAGUAACAUUUGUUAUAUUAAAGUUAUAAUUAAUGUGUCUGAUCUACAAUUUAAA